GUUCUAGGUAGUUUGGGAGCUGGAGGGGCACCCGAAGUGGACAAGUCUGGGGGACAAAAUGAAUAACCCUAUCCCUUCCAAUCUGAAAUCGGAAUCAAAAAAGGCUGCUAAAAUAUUAAGAGAAUUCACAGAAAUAACUUCCAGGAAUGGACCUGAUAAGAUCAUUCCUGCCCAUGUAAUUGCUAAAGCUAAAGGUCUUGCAAUUUUGUCCGUGGUAAAAGCUGGAUUUCUGGUGACUGCUAGAGGAGGCAGUGGGAUUGUACUGGCUCGUCUUCCAGAUGGAAAAUGGUCUGCACCUUCAGCCAUUGGAAUAGCUGGUGUUGGUGGAGGAUUUGAAAUAGGAAUUGAGGUAUCGGAUUUGGUGAUCAUUUUGAAUUAUGACAGAGCAGUGGAAGCCUUUGCAAAAGGUGGCAACCUCACACUCGGAGGGAAUUUCACCGUGGCAGUUGGGCCCUUGGGCAGGAAUUUGGAAGGCAAUGUUGCUUUAAGAAGCUCUGCUGCUGUUUUCACAUACUGUAAAUCAAGAGGACUGUUUGCUGGAGUAUCUCUAGAAGGUAGCUAUUUGAUUGAAAGGAAAGAAACUAACCGAAAAUUUUAUUGUCAAGAUAUUCGAGCUUAUGACAUUUUAUUUGGAGAUAUACCACGGCCAGCUCAAGCAGAAGAUCUUUAUCAAAUUCUGGAUUCCUUUACUGAAAAGUAUGAGAAUGAAGAACAACGAAUUAAUACAAGAAAAGCAGAAAGAGAACAGAGAAAGGCUGCUGCUAAGGAAAUCCCUCCAAAACCAUUGUCAAGGCCACAGCCGUCAUCAACACAAGUUCAGCUGAAUUCUGGUUCUAAAAGUGACAGAAAUGAAUAUAGGCUCUAUCCUGAACUUUCCAGCUAUCAUGAAGGUGUCGGAAUCUCACCACGACCUGUAGAAGUGACAGCACUAUAUUCUUUUGAAGGACAGCAGCCAGGAGAUCUGAGGUUUCAAGCUGGAGACAGGAUCACAGUGAUUUCAAAAACCGAGUCACACUUUGAUUGGUGGGAAGGAAGACUUCGAGGUCAAACUGGCAUUUUUCCAGCCAACUAUGUAACCAUGAAUUAGAGUCUAUUUUUCCCUAUUCUUUGAGAAAUACAUAAUAUAUCUCUAUACUUACAAAAGCAAGUACAGGCAUACCUCAAAUUAUCAUGCUUCAUAAAUACUGUAUUAUUUUUACAAAUUGAAGAUUGUGAUGAUAAUGCAUAGAAUAGUUCAGUCGGCCCAAUUUUCCAAAGCAUGUGCUCACUCCAUGUCUCUGCAUCAGAGUUGGGUAAUUCUUGAAAAAAAGGGGGGGACCUUUCAAAAAUUUGUGGAAAAUGGAAUUAAAAUAUAGGAGUUAUUCUACAAAAUUUUUGAAGCUCCUUCAUAUAGUAAACAUUUUCAUAAUGCUAUUACACACUGACUAGAUUACAAUCUAGUAUAAAUAUAACUUUUAUAUGUAUAGGGAAACAAGAAUUUUUUUUUUGCUUUAUUGUAAUGUUCACUUUACUGUGGUCAUCUGGAACUAAACUCAAAAUAUCUCCAAAAUAUGCCUGUCUUAAACAAUGAGAAUUAUAGUUAUUAACUAGAAUAUGAAGCCUUAAAAUGUUUCUUUAUAUAUCCAAAUAUUUUACUUAUAGAAAUGUAUGAUUACAAAGAAGUUCAACUAUUAUGUAAUAAAAAAAGAUGAUAUCUAUUAACCUUUCUUCUUUAUGGGGUUAUGUUUUUCCUUAGCCAUUUUUCUACCAGUAGAAUCACUUACUGUGACAAGGUUCAGAUAUCUAUAAAUAAAUAUUUUUAAAAUGCUUGCUAAAUCAA